AUUAUGCAUCUUGCCAGCUUAUUUAUAGCCAUUAUUCACCUAUCCUUGAGCACCUUCGACAUCUUCUUCUUCACUUCUCUUCUUUUUUCUCUCUGUAGUUUUGUUUUUUUUUUUUCCUACCUUAAAUUUCUCGAAGUAUAAACUAGCUCGCUUAUUACGAGCUAGUUUCUCAUAUGGAGACCAAAGAUUUCACCAAAGAUGGGACUGUGGAUCUUCGUGGCCAGCCUGUUCUUGCUUCCAAAACUGGCAAAUGGAAAGCUUGUGCUUUUCUUGUAGGAUAUGAAGCGUUUGAAAGGAUGGCAUUUUAUGGUAUAGCUUCGAAUUUGGUGAAUUAUUUGACAACUCAACUUCACGAAGACACGGUUUCUUCUGUUAGAAAUGUAAAUAAUUGGUCAGGAUCCGUUUGGCUAACUCCCAUCUUUGGUGCUUAUAUUGCUGAUUCUUUCCUUGGCCGCUUCUGGACUUUCACCUUUUCUUCUCUCAUCUAUGUCAUGGGAAUGGUGUUUCUAACAAUGGCAGUAUCAGUAAAAACCUUAAAACCAACGUGCAACAAUGGUGUAUGCAGCAAAGCUACACCUUCACAAAUAACCUUCUUCUACAUAUCUCUCUACACCAUCGCCCUCGGCGCCGGAGGUACGAAACCUAACAUCUCGACCUUCGGCGCUGACCAAUUUGACGACUUCAACCCGACCGAAAAGCAGAUGAAAGUCUCCUUCUUCAACUGGUGGAUGUUCAGCUCAUUCUUGGGUGCUCUCUUCGCCACACUCGGCCUCGUUUACAUCCAAGAGAACCUCGGAUGGGGCCUCGGCUACGGGAUCCCGACAGUCGGCCUUCUCUUUUCUCUCUUCAUCUUCUAUUUGGGAACUCCCAUUUAUAGGCAUAAGGUUAGAAAAUCACGGAGUCCAGCUAGGGACUUAAUACGGGUGCCCGUCACUGCAUUUCGUAACCGGAAGCUUGAGCUUCCGGCGAGCCCAAGUGAGCUUUACGAGGUGGAAUUGCAGGGCUUCUCCGGUGAUGGUGCCGGCACCGGAAAAAGGCAGGUCCAACAUACUCCUAUUUUCAGGUUCUUGGACAAAGCUGCAAUCAAAGAUGGCACAAAUUCGUCAAGGCCAACGUGCACAGUGACUCAAGUGGAAGGAACCAAGCUUGUGUUAGGCAUGAUCAUAAUCUGGCUAGCCACCCUUAUCCCAAGCACCAUUUGGGCUCAAAUCAACACCCUCUUUGUCAAACAAGGCACCACUCUAAACCGAACCCUUUCCCAUGGCUUCCAAAUCCCAGCAGCCUCCCUCGGUAGCUUCGUGACACUCUCCAUGCUUGUCUCGGUCCCAAUGUACGACCGUUAUUUCGUCCCGUUCAUGCGUCGAAAAACUGGAAACCCUAGAGGAAUCACUUUGCUCCAGAGACUAGGCGUUGGCUUCGUCAUCCAAAUCAUAGCCAUCGCUAUUGCAUAUGCGGUCGAAGUUCGAAGGAUGCAUGUAAUCCGAACAAACCACAUUGUGCAGCCAAAAGAAGUAGUCCCCAUGAACAUCCUUUGGUUGUUGCCACAAUACAUCCUCCUCGGCAUUGCGGACGUUUUCAACGCAAUUGGGUUGCUCGAGUUCUUCUACGACCAAUCCCCGGAACACAUGCAAAGUCUUGGAACUACGUUCUUCACAAGCGGAAUCGGAGUUGGAAACUUCCUCAACAGUUUUCUCGUUACAGUGGUCGAUAAAAUAACCGGAGAAAAUGGCGGGAAGAGUUGGAUUGGGAACAACUUGAAUGACUCUCAUUUGGAUUACUACUAUGGCUUUCUUUUGGUCAUAUCAACACUCAAUUUGGGUGCGUUUCUUUGGGUGUCAAGUAUGUAUAUUUACAAGAAGGAAGCCACCGAUCAAGUUAAAGAUGGCAUUGAAACCAAAGGAUUGGAUACUUCUCCUCUUGGGCUACAAGUUUGAUGGGGAUUAAUUAAUAUUCCUAUUGAUUAUUAAAAAGGUAUAAGAUAAUCAGCUUCAGCUAUAACAUUCUAUUUAUCUACCCUUGGUGCUAAGGCAGCAGUGAUGUAAAUUGCAAUUGCUUUCUCCUAAUAAAAUAGUUGAAUAUUUUGGACUAUUGCCACGAUGUAAUUAUGUAAUCUCUUUUCCCCGAAACUCGAAGAUAUAAAAAUUUAGGGUGAUGUUUGUGCAUAA